CAAGCGCUCGCAGUCUGUCAAAUCAGAUUUCGACGCCGAAUGUUAAGGUCAAUGACACGAUAGGGUGACUAUGAAAUAUAUUUUGUCAGUCUCAAAAAGUUUAUCUAUAACUUUUGUAUACAAAUAAAACUUUGUUAUGUUUUAUGAUUCGAUGUGUGUGUUAAAUUUAGGAAAUUGAUUGGAAAUAUUGGAAUUUCUGUAAACUUUAUUUAUUUUAAUGACUAAAAAAAUUACAUUAUCUACUAUUCAUAUAGCAUUUAAAUAUAUUGAACUGUAUACCCUGUUUUAAGUGAAAAUGACAUUCAAAAUGCAAGUGAAGAUUUUGGUGGUGAUGGUGUUUUUGUUGAUGGUGCCGAUGGUUUUCUCUCGUGAUUUUGAUGGUUGGUUGAUGAGAAUGCUCUCAAAGCAUCAGUCGAAUUCUCUAUCGAAGGCUAGAUGUGAUCUCAUGUGUUUGGAUGUUAAUAAAGAAACUAAAAGUAAGUGCCGAUCACAAUGCCGACACAAACAAAAGCCAGGAACGUGUCCCGUCACGGAUACACCCAAAUGGGAAGAUGCAUGCGUGGAAGCUUGCAACAGCGACUCCCAAUGUGACGGUACCCAGCGGUGCUGUCGACAUACCUGCGGUUCCACCUGCAACGAACCAAUUGAUCUGCUUACAUUAUCAAGGCUUCCACCUCUACCAGUAAUGGAUAAAGCUAAGGAGAAGAAACGGUCCGUGCUCGUCAAAUGGUCAGAUGGUGUUGGAGACGCGGCCCGAGCAGUUCCAGAGAAGAUUUUAUAUCUUCUAGAAGAACAACAUCAUUUAGGACCGAAAUAUGAAGAGGCCAGACUUGGACAAUGGAAUUUAAUAUUAAGAACGAAUAAAACAAAGGCGUCUCUUCGAAACCUGCUGAAGCCUGGUCAUUGGUACCGAUUCCGUGUGGCCGCUGUCAGUGCAAUUGGCACCCGAGGGUUCUCAGAACCAAGUGCACCAUUUACACCACGAAGAGGUCCCAGGCCUCUGCCACCACCGAAGAAGUUGAAAGUAAAGCCACUGAAAUCCGAAAAUGGCACAUUUACCAUACGAUUGGAAUGGAAGGAGCCAAAGUCUGAUUUACCCGUCAUGCGCUACAAAGUAUUUUGGAGUCGAAGAGCCAGAGGUGUCGGUGGGGAAUUGGAUUCUCUGCUUGUCAACCAUCAAACAGUCUCUAAGGAUCAAACGUCCAUCGACAUCAAAGACUUACAAGCGAAUUCCAUGUACUUUUUGCAAGUGCAAGCAAUCAGCCAGUUUGGUCUCGGUAAACUGAGGAGCGACAAAGCUGCUGUAUUUUAUAAUACCCCUGGUUCUAAUGUCAACCAGAAACAAGAUUCACCACCGCAGUUACUAAGAAAACGUGAUAGGAAAAUAAAAGGACUGAAGCUACAUAAAGUGUUGUGGAAUAGCAACAGGCUGAAAGCGAAAAUCUCAUGGGACCCAGUCGCCAACAAUGAAGAGCGCGGAAAAUACUACGUGUACUGGAGAACACAGAAAUGUCAAAAUCCAAAGAAGCUCAAGAAAGACUUUUCAGCGACAACUGAGGAAACUACGUUUGAGAUUUACGAACUUGACUAUCAAUGUAGUUACAUAGUCAAUGUUAAUAAAUUGCAAAGAAAUAAGUAUCCAGAUUCUGAACUUAUUGUAACAGUGCCUAGUUGUGAAUAUUUUAAACAGAAAGUAAACAACGGUACUAGAUUUAAUUGUGAUACGUAAAUUAUCAAGUAUUUUUUUUUAUAAUGUUUGUGUGUUGUCCAAUUAACUCUGACAAUAAUAUUAUUAAACAAACAACAAUCUUGUGUGCAGAAACUAGAUAUCAAAGAAGACAGAAAGUUACAUUAUAAGUUAAAUCUUGUAAUUAUAUAAUUAUAUAAUUUCCAAAAGUAUUAUUUUUAAAUUUAUAUUGUCAGGUUUUAAUUUUUAUUUUUAUUGGUCUUAAGUCAUUGGUUUUUAGUUCCAAUGCUAGAGUAAAAUGGGAAAACGAUUAAUAUUGUAACUUAUGUUUUAUGGAUGUUUUAUCAAAAAAGUAUUAGAAUAAUUUUAGUUACUUAUUCCAUUACCUGAGUAUAUCAUGGCGGUCUGUUUAUUUAAGUUAUAUAUUUUACAGUAGUCAUCAUUUUAACUGAUUUUUCAUCAUUAGUCAACUAUCCAGUGCCGAAUAUAAGCCUUCCUCUAUUAGUAGGUUUUACUACCUUGACAGGCGGUUUGACAACCGCAGUUAGAUUUUGGUGAUGUUUAAAGAGGACGUUGCUGCCCAUUCUUCGACCAUUAAGUUCCUUAAUAGCCUCUUAUGACAUCCACGGGAAAGAAAGGGACGACCCAUUCUAAGCAGAGACCACUCGGCGAAUUAUACGACUAACUGACUACUACUACAUUAUAUACCAUUAUAUAAUAAUAUAUAUUAGUUAUGAUAACAUAAAAAACAUGAACUGAUAUUAAUAUUACAUCGAAAGUGCAAUAUAGCCCACUUUUCCUGUUCUCGUGAAAAGUCUGAAUAAUAUUUUUUUAGUGUGUGUAACUAUGUAAGAAAUCUAGAAAAAUAGAUUAAGUAGGAUUGAUGUUUUAUAUUAUUUCUGAGUGGUAUUUCCCUUAUAGAUUAUUCGUAUAUAGUAUGCUAUAAUAUAAAUCUUAUUGAUUGAAAUUAAGUUAUUUAUUUUAAAUAAUCUCUUAUGAACUUAUACAUAAUUAAUUUACAUUUGAAUGUGUAUGUAUGUUUUAUAUUAUUAAGAGACAAUUAGGUAAAUUUGUCAU